AUGGAAUUAUUUGCUGACAAAAGGGAAAAAGGAGUUCUUGAUAUGGUGGAUUUUUUGGUAUUUAAACAAGGGAUUGUGGUUAAGUUGGAAGAUGAGAGAGUUGCAAGUGAGAUGAAAGGGAAUAUUUGGAGGUUUAUGGAGUGUGGGACCACUCCAAUUUUAGCUGAUUUCUUUCCAAUUUUUGAUGGGAUUGAUAUUCAAGGUCAAAAGAAAAAGGCAAAGAGGUGUCUUGAUAAUUUGUUUAAAAUUUGGGAAGGGAUAAUAAAGGAGAGAAGAGAAGAACAUCAUUGCAAUGAAUCUGAUGUCAAGAAAUAUGGAGAUUUUUUGGAUUUAAUGCUUGCUAAUGGAUUUUCUGAUGAUCAAAUCAAUUACAUGCUUCUGGAAAUAUUUCCAGCAGGGACAGGGACUUUGACAUCCACAAUUGAGUGGGCAUUGGCUGAGCUUCUGAGGAACAAAGAUGUAAUGAAGAAAUUCUUUUCUGAACUUCAAAAUGGGAUAAACUCAAACCCCAUUAAAGAAUCAACAAUCUUUCAACUCUCUUAUCUAAAUGCUUGCAUUAAAGAAGUCUUAAGGCUGCAUCCACCAAUAGCAUUUUUACCUCACUAUGCAAGCCAAGAUUUUGAAUUCUUGCCAUUUGGUGCUGGAAGGAGAAUGUGCCCUGGAUUGAGCUUUGCUACAAAAGAAGUGCAUUUGAUUUUUGCUUGUUUGGUUUAUCACUUUGAGUGGUCUCUUCCAAAUAAUGGCGAUCCAUUGAUGCUUGACAUGAAUGAAAAAUAUGCUGUGCCAUUGCAGAGAGAAAAACUUCUGCUACUUGUUCCUACUAGGAAGUGA